UUUUGCAUCUCGCUCACUUUUUGUCAACAUCAACACGUGCUGUUUACAAAUUUUGUGCUCCACAAAAAUAAUUAAAUUUCCUCAUUUUCACGGGAAAUUGUGGGAAAUUCAGCAAUGUCAGCGUGUAGUGAGAUAAUAGAGGACAUUGAGGAUUUGAUUUCAUCGCAGGACAUCACACCAAAGGAACGGUAUGCGAAUAAAAAGGACGUGACGGCGCGUGUGAAGAAGCAGGAAAAGCAGGAGCCGAAGGAAAAGCCAAUUUUCCAGAGUGUUGUGCCGGGAACGCAGAAGAUCUACGUGAAAACAUGGGGUUGUGCCCACAAUAAUUCCGAUUCGGAGUACAUGGCUGGUCAGUUGUCGGCCUUUGGGUACAAUCUCGUGGAUGACAAGAAGCUGGCGGAUUUGUGGCUGCUGAAUAGCUGUACUGUGAAGAAUCCCUCCGAGGAUACGUUCCGGAAUGAAAUUGAAGCUGGUGUGGCGGAUGGGAAGCAUGUUGUUGUGGCUGGAUGUGUUCCCCAGGGAGCCCCAAAGGCGGACUACCUGCGUGGAUUGAGUGUGAUUGGGGUGCAGCAGAUUGAUCGUGUUGUUGAGGUGGUGGAGGAGACUCUCAAGGGGCACAGUGUGCGUCUGUUGCAACCGAAGAAAAUUGCCGGAAAGCGUGUGGCUGGACCUAAAUUGGCACUGCCGAAAGUCCGGAAGAAUCCCCUGAUUGAGAUCAUCCCCAUCAAUUCGGGAUGCCUCAAUCAGUGCACGUACUGCAAGACAAAGCAUGCCCGUGGGGAUUUGGUCAGCUACCCUCCGGAGGAGAUUGUUGAACGUGCUAGGCAGGCCUUCCGGGAGGGGGUUUGUGAGCUCUGGCUCACUUCGGAGGACACUGGGACGUAUGGAAGGGAUAUCGGGACGUCUCUCCCGGAACUUCUGUGGCAACUUGUUGCUGUCAUUCCCGAAGGAUGCAUGAUGCGCGUUGGAAUGACUAACCCGCCGUACAUUCUGGAACAUCUCGACGAGAUGGCAAAGAUUCUCGCCCAUCCGCGUGUCUAUUCCUUCCUCCAUGUGCCCGUUCAGAGUGGGAGUGAUGCCAUCCUGGCUGCCAUGAAGCGUGAAUACUGCCGGGAGGACUUUGAGAAGGUCGUGGACUUCCUGAAGGAGCGCGUAGCUGGUGUUACCAUCGCCACGGACAUAAUUUGUGGCUUCCCCGGGGAGACGGAGGAAGAUUUCUCCGAGACAAUGGAUCUCUGUGCAAAUUACAAAUUCCCAUCGCUCUUUAUCAAUCAAUUCUUCCCACGACCCGGCACACCAGCUUCCCGGAUGCCCCGAAUUCCCGCAAAUCUCGUUAAAACCCGCACGAAACGUCUCACGGAGCUCUUCAGCAGCUACGAACCGUAUCAGGAGCGGAUUGGUCUUACCCAGAGGGUCCUUGUGACGGAAAUCUCCCACGAUAGACGCUUCUAUGUGGCGCACAAUAAAUCCUACGAACAGGUUCUCCUGCCCAUGAAGGAGAAUCUUCUGGGAAAAUCUGUGACAGUUCGAAUCAUUUCUGCCACGAAAUUCAGCAUGCAGGCUGAGAUUCUGGACAGUGAGGAUGCCUGGAAAGAGUGCAGUGUUGUCUCAGAGGAGAAUAAGCUUCAAAAUGGCUACAUAAACUGCCCGGAUUUUGAAGAUACCAGCGGACAGGAACCUCCAAAUGUCCCAGAAGUUACCCCAAAGCAAUCCCCACUCUUCCUCUAUGGACUCAUAGCCCUCCUCCUGGCCAUUGUGUACCGCUUCACGUGGAAACUCCUCACAGACGAUGAAUAGAACUCAAAAAAUCAAUUGCUUGAAAAUUUUUAUUAAUUUUCACUUCAUAAAUUACAUUGUUUUCUUCACCCUUUGUGGGGGAUCAAUUGUAGUAAUAAAAAAGAAGAAAUUGCAUCA